AUGAAUUUUGACCAGAAAAAGUUAAAUACUAAAACAGCGACAAUUUUCAAGGAAGAUGUCCAAGGAAAUACUUUUCAUUUCAACGAUAUUUGUGAAAUUUAUGGAAAAAAAGUUCUGGUACUCAAAACUCUUUUAAAACUUCAUUUGCACAAGAGGAGUACAGAUCAGUUGAUACCACAAAAAAAAAACAAAAAAGGUUUAGAAAGCAUGGAUAUUAUAGAACUAGAAAAUGCUUACAAUGGCAGCCUGCCAAUAACUGAAAAGAAGAAAAAGGUCCUUACUAGCCUUUGUGAAGACAAGAGUGUUCCACCAAUUCACGCUGAUUUUUUUUAA